ACCGAGUUUGGGCGUGACGAGAACGCGUGGUGCUAUCGGGUUGUUUGGCCGUUGAUGGAGCUUGCUAUGAAGCUGUACGGCAACGCCAAGUUUAAACUUGAAAGCGUGCAGUCGCAAAACAUCCAAUCCCGCUACCUUUCCACCAUCCCCGAGCCUACGUCCGCAUCGCCUAACAGAAGAGUUGCGCUCACGCGCAAGACCGACUUCUGCUUUUCGUACUCAUAUUUUGACCCUCAUUUCGCAGAACUGUAUACCCAAUUGGCGGCAGCGAAUACACCAGUCCGCCUGGGACUUUUCUUGGGAAUUGAGGUCAAGCUAGAAAACGGCGAUCUCAAGGAAGCUGAGCUGCAGAUAACUAUAUGGAUGGCAGCAAACCUGCGGAAGAAGAUAGAGCUAGGGCACCUGGCCUUCCCCGUGUCCGAUGUGCCGCCUACACCAGACGAUGUGGCAGACAACGCAACUAGCUCUGCCGACAAGGUCGGCGCCAACGUCCGGCCCUUGCACCUCAUUGAGCCCGCGCUCACCAUAAUCGGCAACGAGCACAAGGUCUACUAUGCGUACCCUUCCAGCGCGGAAGGCGACAUAAGAGUACUGGGACCCGACGAGAAAUUCGCCCCCUUGACGACACGCUCCGUGUAG